AUGUCGUCGGAACUCGAGAAGCUCCUUGAUUUUGGAUCACCUCUAGAUGUUGCCCUUCUCGAUCAGGUGGUCAUCGCGAUGUACACUUGUAGGGAUGAAGCUCAAAGGAAACAAAUCAAUGCCUUCAUGACGGCAUUUCAGGAACAUCCGCAGGCUUGGACCAGGGUUGACACAAUCUUGGAGCAGACCCAGUGCGAUCAGAGCCGAUUCUUUGCUCUUGCAACCCUCGAGACAUGUGUGAAACAGCGAUGGAAGGUGCUUCCACAAGAUCAGCGAGAGGCCAUCAAGGCCUACAUUGUGAAUGUGAUUGUGAGGUAUUCGAGCGAUGAAGCGACUCUUGUGCGAACAAAGACGCAGCUUGGAAAAUUGAACUUGAUUCUCGUCCAGAUUCUCAAGCAAGAAUGGCCCCACAAUUGGAAGGACUUCAUUCCCCAGAUUGUAGAAUCGGGCAAGACGAACGAAACUCUUUGUGGAAACAACAUGCAGAUUCUCAAGCUCUUGAGCGAAGAAGUUUUCGAGUUUUCCCUGAAGCAGCUCACCUCGAAGAAGAUUGAUGAUCUCAAAGAAAGGCUCACACAGGAGUUCGAGUUGAUCUAUCAACUCUGCGAGUUUGUGAUGCAGAAUGCUAAGAAUGUCAUCACGUUGCAAACUACCUUACAGUGCUUCCUCCGAUUCUUGUUCUGGGUUCCGCUCUACUACGUCUUUGAAACUCCCUUGAUCGAGAUGCUCCUGCACAAGUUUUUUCCACAACCGCAGUUCAGGAGCGACGCUCUGCAGUGUUUGACUGAGAUCGCCGUGAUCGAGCCCAAGGGUAUUGAUCCACGCUACCACCCCAAGAUCCAGAAGACAUAUGCCGAUUUCAUCACAAACCUCAGCAACAUCGUUCAACCCAACGCAAUCAAGCAAUAUUAUGAGGAGGGAGAAUCUGGCGAGGAGUUCGUGCAGCGCUUGACCUUGUUCCUGUGUACAAUUUUGAAGACGCACAUUGGCAUUCUGGAGACUCAGGAACUAGUUCCAUACUUGAUUCAGGGGUUGCAGUACUUGGUCUUCAUCUCCGAGGUCGAUGAUGACGAGAUCUUCAAGAUUUGUACAGAAUAUUGGAACUUUCUUGCCGACGACCUCUACCACAAAGAAGUUCUCCUGCAGAGAAUGCCCAUCCCUACGUUCUGCCAGCUCAUGCCGAACCAGAAUCCACGUCUUCAGACAUACGCUCCAAUCCUCACUGAGGUGCGGCGCAUCCUGAUCGAGAGGAUGCCGAAGCCCGAGGAGGUGCUGGUGGUAGAGGACGAGAACGGGCAGGUCGUCAAGGAGCAUCUCAAGGACGUCGAGGUAGUGGCUCUGCACAAGACUGUCCGUGAAACCUUGGUCUACCUGACCCACCUUGACCACCAGCAGACAGAGGAGAUCAUGAUCGAGAAGUUAGGGCUGCAGGUGCACCCGGCUCCGGGGGGCCCUGGGUGGUCACGUCAGGGCCUGAGCACUCUUUGCUGGGCGAUCGGGUCGAUAUCAGGAGCGAUGCGGGAGGACGAUGAGAAGAAAUUCCUUGUACAUGUGAUCAAGGACCUGCUAGGGCUCUGCGAGAUCGUCCGAGGGAAGGACAACAAGGCUGUGAUCGCAAGCAAUAUCAUGUAUGUCGUCGGGCAGUACCCGCGGUUCCUCCGUGCGCACUGGAAGUUCUUGAAGACUGUUGUAAAUAAGCUCUUUGAGUUCAUGCACGAGACGCACCCUGGAGUCCAGGACAUGGCGUGCGAGACGUUCCUCAAGAUCUGCCAGCGCUGCAAGCAGCAGUUCGUCAAGCACCAGCCUCAGGAGCCAGCCCCUUUCAUCGACCAGCUCCUCAUCGGCCCGCACUCCACGGUAGCUGACAUCGGCUCGACCAUCGCAGACCUUGAAGCGCAUCAGAUCAACAUGUUCUACGAGGCCGUCGGGUACAUCGUCGCCGCCGAGCUGACGCCGGAGCGACGGGACCAGAUCGUGCAGGUGCUGUUCAAGAUUCCGAACCAGCGGUGGACCCAGAUCAUUGGGAGCGCCAUGCAGGAUCCCAACUUGCUGCAGCAGCAGGAGACGAUGAGGGAGAUCGCCAAGGUGCUCCAGAUCAACGUGCGGGUGUCAAGCUCGCUGGGGAACCCUUACAUCAUCCAGCUGGAGUACAUCUUCGAGCGCAUGCUGCAGGUGUACAAGAUGUACUCGGAGCAGAUCUCGCAGGCGGUCGUGGGCAACCCUCUGUCCGCCAAGACGUCCGGGGUGAGGCUGAUGCGCGCGGUGAAGAGGGAGACGUUGAGGUUGAUCGAGACGACGGUUGAGAAGAGCGAGGAGAUGCCAAGGAUCGUCGCCCACUUCGUUCCCCCGCUGGUGGACUACGUGCUGGCUGACUACCAGAGCAACCACCCGGAGACGAGAGACCCUGAAGUGCUGUCUGUCUUCGCUGCGAUCAUCCGCCGGGCCGGGGACUCCAUCACCGAUCAGGUGCCGAGGGUCCUGGGGGCCGUGUUCGAGUGUACGCUGGCGAUGAUCACGACCAACAUGGAAGACUACCCGGAGCACCGGAUCAACUUCUUCAACCUCCUCAAGGAGAUCAAUCAUCACUGCUUCCGAGCCUUCUUCCAGGUCCCCGGGGAGGUCUUCAAGGUCCUCAUCGACUCCAUCGUCUGGGCCAUCAAGCACAGGGAAAGGAACAUCGCCGAGACCGGGCUGACGAUCCUCCUGGAGAUGCUCCGCAACCUCGACGGCCUGCAGGACAUCGCUGCGCAGUUCUACGUCCAGUUCCUGCUGAACCUCCUCCACGAGAUCUUCACCGUGCUCACGGACAAGGAGCACGAGCCAGGCUUUAAGCUCCAGUGCGCCAUCCUGCAGCACAUGAUCUACCGGGUGAUGGCUGGUGUCCCCAACACUCCUCUGUUUAACCCGUCGGAGUAUCCGGGGGUCGCCGACAACAAGUCCUUCGUCAAGCAGAAGCUGCUAGCGAUGCUGUCGGAAGGGUUUUCAGAGCGCAUGACGCAGAAGCAGCUGACCGAGUUCGUGGAGAACCUCUUCGGACCUGAGAAAGAUAUCGCUGCUUUCCAGACUCUCGUGCGGGACUUCUUGAUUCAGAUCAAGGAGUAUAGCAGCGACCAGUGGACCGACAGCUCGCUGGCGUUGCAGUUGGAGCAGGAGCAGAAGGAGGCUGAGCGCAAGCGGGUGACGCCAUCUCGAGGCGCUGCUGCUUGGGCUGGCUGGCUGACCUCGUGGUGUGCAGGUUGA